AUGGCGGCUUUGAAGAACAAAGAGCUAAAUGUGCUCGAGGAGGAGAAAGACAACACCGUCGCGGAAGAAAUAGACACUGAAAGCUGUGAUACCACAUGCAAUGCAGGCAAUACGAAGGAACCACAGGCAAUUGUCGUGAGCACCAGUGAUGCGUCCUUGUCGUCAGAAAAACCAGUCGGACAGGCGCCGGAGGGACAGCCAGUUACUCCUGAGGAGCCAAAGAUGACGAAGGGUAGAAUUGCCGUUAUAAUAACUGCUCUUUGCCUGGCGACGUUCCUUGCCGCUCUUGAUAUGACGAUUAUUACCACUGCGCUCCCUACAAUAUCCAAAACAUUUCGGACCUCUGAAGCAGAUUAUACAUGGAUUGGCUCCGCGUAUCUGCUGGCUGCUGCUGCUUCAACGCCGAUUUGGGGAAAGGUCAGCGAUAUCUUUGGGAGAAAACCAAUUCUUUUAACGGCAAACGUAGUCUUCCUAAUUGGUUCGCUUCUAUGUGCCGUCAGUAUCAACAUCAGAAUGCUUAUUGGUGGGCGAGCUGUUCAGGGUGUUGGAGGCGGCGGCCUUCUUGCUCUGGUUAAUAUCUCUAUCAGUGACCUCUUCAGCAUCCGUUCCCGCGGCAUAUACUAUAGCAUAAUCGGGAUGGUGUGGGCCCUUGCUGGGGCUGUUGGUCCGGUGGUCGGUGGUAUUAUGACCCAAUAUGUCACCUGGCGCUGGUGUUUUUAUAUAAAUCUUCCCAUCGACGGUAUCGCCUUCGUGAUCAUAUUUUUCUUCUUUGAGGUCCACACACCAAAAACUCCACUGAUUGCUGGACUUAAAGCCAUUGACUGGCUUGGUUCGUUAACCAUUGUUGGCAGUACUGUUAUGUUUCUUCUUGGGCUAGAAUAUGGAGGUAUUUCGUUUCCAUGGAGUUCGGCGACCGUGUUAUGCCUGAUCAUUUUUGGCAUCUUCACUUUUGCCUUGUUCUUGCUCAUCCAAUGGAAACUGGCAUACUAUCCAAUUAUGCCUUUGUGGCUAUUUGCUCGCCGAUCAACCAUUGCAGCUUAUGGAACGACUUUUGCCCACGGUUUUCUUUACACCAGCGGAUCUUAUUUCCUGCCGCUAUACUUUCAGGUUGUUUUGGGGGCUACUCCUCUCCAGUCUGGAAUCUAUCUUUUUCCUUUCAUCAUUUCGGUUUCCGUGGUUUCUGCGUUGAUAGGGAUAUUUAUCAAGAAGACGGGUUUGUGCCUCCCGCCUAUAUGGAUUGGUAUGGCUACAAUAGUUCUUGCCCAUGGCCUCUAUAUCGAUUUACCACCACACAUGUCUUGGGUCCGAGUUAUCAUAUACCAACUUAUCGCUGGGCUUGGCAUCGGUCCAAAUUUCCAAGCACCGCUGAUUGCGCUUCAAAGCCAUCUCAGGCCCGGUGACAUCGCCACCGCAACUGCCACCUUUGGAUUUGUCCGCAACAUGGCCAACAGCAUCUCUGUUUUGCUGGGUGGUGUGGUGUUCCAGAAUCGAAUGCGCGCGAAUAUCCGAACCUUGAGUUCGAUUCUAUCCCCCGAGACGAUCAAAGCACUUGAAGGCGGUUCUGCAGGCGGCUCUACCGAUUUCGUUAGGGCACUUCCGGACAGGGAGAGGAUCCCAAUUCUCAAUGCAUAUAAUCAAAGCUUGAAAGUGAUGUGGAUAUUUUAUACCUCGGUAGCAGCUAUUGGAUUCUUUGUGAGUUUGUUAAUCGGCCGGCAGAAACUGAACAAAGAGCAUGAGAUUACGAAGACUGGAUUGGAUGUGCAGGAAAGGGAGAGACAGGAGAGGCUACGAAGAGACAGGGAAAAGCAGAGUCGGAAAGGAACCACGGAUUUAGAAGGCUGA